ACGCGAUCGACGAUCGUUCCAAUUAUUUAUAAAACAAAAGAAACGACGAACGACAUUGUUCGAGCGACACGGAUCUACUUAUUGCGUUUUUAUUCCCGCUACUAUCGAAUCGAAUAUAUCGCGACAUCUUGAAACAAUAAAACGCAUGAACCUAAAAACAUAAAAGGCGGGAAUUAUUAAAUGAUAAUAAUUUGAUAUAUGUUUUCAUUCGAAACAAAUAAUACUGUUGAUACAUGUAUCGUAUAUUCGCUUCGUUUCGUAAUCGAACAUUAAACGAGCUACGUUGUUUAAUAAAAUUUUCAUAAAGAUAUUUUGUUAUCUCUCGUAUAUCGCUAUUAAAAAAUUAUUUCUAGUUUUGAGAAACUACUUGAGUCAUACGCGUAUGUAAAACAAUCAGCUGAUUUACACGUCCGGUUCUAUAUCCGUAGAUUUGUUCCGGGUUCAGAACGACUGUUGUUCCAUCGUCUAUGAGAUUGCCUGUAAAGAUGGUAGAUAAAGGUGUUUACAGGGAUGAUAACUCAAAAGUUGCAAUUAUUAGAGAAGUGUAUGACAGUGAAAAUGCUCAUGAAACUUUUGAGUACGAGUUAGAAAGAGCUCUCGAGUCCGAAUGUACUUUAAUCAUUAUUGAACCAUCGAAAUUAGGAGAUGAAACUUCCAGAUGGAUAACGGUUGGAAAUUGUCUUCAUAAAACUGCGACGUUAUCUGGCUUAACAGCCAUCACGACAGGUCUUAUAUGGGGCGAUCGACCUUAUAUUUGUGGCACAUUAGGUUUUGUAUCACUUAUAACUUGUGGACUUUAUACGUUAUCAUGGCAGUUUGAUCCAUGCUGUCAAUACCAAGUAGAAACUGACACAAGUAAGCUACCACACGUAGAAGUGUUAGCUAUCUUAGGUCCGUCAUCACCAACGUUCCUUGUAAGAAAGGAUGAUACGAGGAGACGAAUUCUUCAUGCGACUGUUACACUGGGAGCGAUUAGCAUUAGUGCAUGGAGAAUCUACCAAGCUUUUAAGUGAAAAUUUGAUUGUUAAAAACGAAUUAUAUCUUGUUUUUAAAUUGAAGAAGCAACAUAAGGGCCGUGCAAUACAUCAUCAAAAAUUGAAGCAAGGCCUAGCAUAGGAUUCUUUAUAUUAGAAGAAACACGGAAUCACAUUUGCUUAUACAAAGGAGACCUUGUACUACAUAAAAUGUAUAACUUCACCUGACAAUUGCAUUUAGCUUCGGAUAUUAUCUUCAGAGUUGUAGGUGUUUUUACUCUGUGAUCCAUAAUUUACUGAUUAUACUAUAAUCAUUUUUGUCACAAAGCAAAUUGAAAAAUAAUCCAAAAGAAUUAAAGUAAUAUGUGUUCUCUUAACUAUACAGAAUUGCCACUUUAAAUUCGAGAAGUUAAAUGUAGCAUCGUGUAUUUUUAGAUUGUAUAUAAAAUAGGUAGAUUGCACAGAACACAAGAUGAAGAAAGGAACGUUGCCUAGACUUUUUCAUUUUAUGAAAUUAACCAGAAUCAAAGCGAAUGACUGUGUCUGUGCAUAAUAAUUGUAAAUGAUAGUGUUAUUCUAUACUCCAAAUUGUUUAAAUAAUAUAACAUUUUAACGAUUACAUUGUGUUUUCAGUAAAUAAUUAUUUUGAGUCAAAAUGAAACAACCAACUUUGAGUAAAUAAAUGUUUACUCGAAAAGGUAUAUCAAGCUUCAUAAUUCUGUCCCAAAAAAAGAGCAUUGUAAACAUUCCUGCAGCAAAUGAUGAACGAUUCUAAAAGUUUUUCAAUUUAGUGUAUAAAACGUAUUUAACCAUUUUGAAGCUUGUAAAAGGAAAAAGAUUAUUUCUCUAUUUGUAUAUCGACAUUAGGCCUCUUACUUAAAACCCGAAUUUCGAUUACUCGGUUUUCUACUAACAUACCGAGUAAAAAAAUGAACGCAGCAGCUAUAAGUCAAUAUGUGUGGAUUCGUCUACCUUUACGGCCAAGUAUUCUAAUGUUCUAACAUUCCAAUUAAUAUGAAAUUCUUGAUAAACCAUCUCUCUUAUAAAUAGAUAAAGAUCUCUCUUACAACAUAGCAUUAGAAAUACCAAUGAUAUUUUCACCUUAAUUUCUUUUAUAUUAUUUAAAAAAUUUCAAAUUUCGUGAUAAACAGAACUACAAUCGAUGUUAUAUAGAGACUGACUCGCUAACUCUGUAUUCAUAUAUCAAUUCGCUACGUCAGUAUAAUUUUAUUUCACAUUAUCGCACGAAAAAACAUUUAUUUUAUCAAUAUGAAGCAAAAUUCCAAAUGUCUUCUCAAGUGAGAGAAACAAGAUAUUACUAACAAAUAUUAAAUUGAAUGAUAGAUUAAUUCGUACAUAUUCCGAAAGUCGUUUAUUAUAAAUAUGUUAUUCUUAUUAUUAUUAUUGUUCGAAAUAAUGCACACAUCAAUAAUUACAGCGAGUCGUAGUACUCUAUACGACAAUUUCACUCCCAUUUAAUUAUUAAAUGAAUUCCGUAGAAAAUGAUUAUAUUUCUUUUAACAGAUACUUUUGAAAUUAUUUGCGUUUAUUUUCAAAAGUGUUUACUUUUGACGCAUUUGUUGAAUAUUUUGCUCGAAUCGUAGGCCUGUUCGAAAUGAUUUUAUGUUUGUUUGUUUACAUUCUGAUGUCGUAUUCGACGAAAUGAUUCUGAAAGAUACAGAUAAUAUCAAUAAACAAUAAUAUCUCGUUACAAAUGUGUAUUCUUAAUGGAAAUGCGUGUACGAACUCUGUAUUUCUGUAACUUUUGAUGUGCGCUUUAUUCUGAAAAAUGUUUUCAACUAAAGUUAUUCAGAAUAAAAAGGUCUUUCGGAAUAUGUGCGAAUAAAAAGUCACCAUUUUAUUUCAUAUUUU